CCACCCCCCCCCAACACACACACACACACAACUCUCUCCUCCGUCACUCAUCAUCACCCACGAUCAUCCACCACCACCACCCCUACCCCCCGACUCCACGCCCUUCUUAUUCCAUCUCCGCACUCGCUACACUUUUCGCCUGCCACGGGUACUGCCACCACCACCACCACCACGAUCGGGCGAAAACUUCUUCUCCGCUCCCCCCGAUAGCCAGCCGGUCAUCUUCUGAGUAUCAUUAAUAUUCUACUUCUUCUGCUCGUUGCUGGAGGGCGGCUCUGAGCUUUGAACACCAGCCAAGAACAAGACGCAGCAACAACUCGUGGUGGUGGUGGACGGUGUGAGAUUCCGGCCGGUGUGUUUGUGUGUUUGUGUGUGUGGAGGGCCCACCACCACCACCGCCACUAAAAUCACAUCUCUAGCAACAUCGUCGACGCAAGCCUCACGGUGGUUGCUUUGAUUUCGUUUGGUGGCGUAGCCCUGGGCGGUGGGAGCCGGACGAGACGAUCACCGCGUAUUUGUAACGUCGUCUCGAAACCAAACAAUAAAAAAAACCCCAAAAUAGAUCGCGACAUCAAACGGAGCACGCGCCCGCGGGAGACAGGAAACGCAAACCAAACAAGAGAGAGCAUGCGCUGUGAGAGUCGGUAAGACAUGGCGACAGACAAGAAGGAGUAUUUGUUCAAGGUGCUGGUGAUCGGAGAGUUGGGCGUCGGGAAAACGAGCAUCAUCAAGCGAUACGUGCACCAACUGUUCUCGCACAACUACCGCGCCACCAUCGGCGUCGACUUCGCCCUCAAAGUCCUCACCUGGGAUGCCGACACCCUGGUUCGACUCCAGCUAUGGGACAUUGCCGGCCAGGAGCGGUUCGGCAACAUGACCCGCGUCUACUACAAGGAGGCGGUGGGUGCCUUCGUGGUGUUCGACGUGACGCGCAGCUCCACGUUCGAGGCCGUGGCCAAGUGGAAGAGCGACCUCGACGCCAAGGUGAUGCUGAGUAACGGCGGCCCCAUCCCCGCGGUGCUGCUCGCCAACAAGAGCGACCAGGCGCCCGAUGGCGCCGCCGCGCCGCAGCUCGACGCCUUCUGCAAGGAGCACGGCUUCACCGGCUGGUUCCACACCUCCGCCAAGGAGAACAAGAACAUCGACGAGGCGGCACGCUUCCUCGUGGGCCACGUGCUCAGCAACGAGCACCUGCUGGGCACGGAGCGUGACGACACGGACACGGUGUCGCUCGAGGGCAGCAGCAGCGACGCGCAGGGGGCCGGGGAGCGGGAGGCUCAACCGCAGCGGCAAAUCCUCGUCGUGCUGCUAGGGGCGCCGGCCGCCACGCCGCUACACCGCCGACGCCGCCGCCACCACCACACCGGGGGCUGGCCGGCGAACAGCGAGCGAGGAAGCGAGGGGAGACGAAGACCGACGGGCCAGCAGGCAGAAGAGCGAGCGGUCGAGCGAGCGAAUGAGUGAUUGAGCCAGCCAACAAAUCGAGCUGAUAUUGCCGACGCGUGAUUAAAGCGGGCAAGCCGAUCGAGCGAGCCGGCGAGACCGAUGAGUGAGGUUAGAGGAGCAGACCAGCGAGCCGGCGGGACGAGCAAACGCGACGAGGAGCGAGCGGACUGGCGAGCGAGCGGAUGAGCAGAUCAAAGAGCAAGCGAAGCUCUAGGUCAAGGUCAACACUCGGCCAAGUGACCAAACGGAGCACGCGAGCAAGCCAGGAGCCGGAGCCAGCGGCGAGCGAGCCAGCCGUAUAGAACUCGCGGAACGACCCGAGAUGGCACGCGGUCGGGGGAGGGAGGGGGGGGGGCUUUUGAGAGUAAUGGAGACGACAACAGUGUGUCUGUGGGGGGGGGGGGAGAGGUUUAUGGUUGCCCACUCACUCACUCACUCACCCAUUCGCCCACUCACCCAUUCGCCCACUCAUCCAUUCGCCCACUUGCACACUCACUCUACCACUCGCCCACUCGCCCGCUUGCCCAACCACUCGCACGCUUGCCCCGCUAGCGCUCGUGUCAUUUAUUCGUGAUGAAUUGAGAGGUGUCCUGGAAAAAUCCCGAUAAGCCACAACACUCGAUCUCAUCGCCCAGCAAAUCGCCCGGAUGGUGCUGGGUGGUGCGGUGCCGUUUCGUCAGCACUUGCUGGACGUGGGCAGAGUUUGAGCGGACGAUGAAAGCCAAUUCACGAUUUGUAAAUUGUACAACCGUCUGCAGAGAGAUUUUCUUUUCUAAACCAUCGGGGAUCCCAGCAUUGCGUGGGCUAGCUUAGCGUCGGAUAUGCAAGCGUGCGUGGAUAUUUGUGGGUUAUUGUGGAGUUUUAGUCGGCACCACCGUCGUCCAAAUUUGCCGUGAUUGGCCGACCGGAUUUCGAGGUGGCGAUCGCUUGCCUGCCCCCCACCCAGUAGAGAUCUUGGGUAAUGAUCUUUUUUUUUCCUCCCAGAGCAACUUCGCUCCUAUCGUGUGAACUAUGGGGAGUGGAGGAGGUGCCUUGUGGCGAAAACCCUCUAAUAACCGCAAGCGUUGAAUCUGCCCUGAAGGCAUCAGCAGCAGCAGCAGCCCGUGUUGUUGUUGUUGUUUUUUAGAGGGCUAAGUUCAACGGCUGGGAAAGUGCGAGCUUCGAAUGAAGUGUCGAGCAAAUCUGUUCCGACAACAACAACAAUAACAGCAGCAACGACAACAGCGGUCAAACGUUAACGAUAACAAAACAAAUGCAUCAGCUAGCCGCGCGGCCGUCUUUACAAACAACGCGAGGGUUGUGUCCCCAUUUUAACUCGUGGAACGUUGGUGGUCCGAGUCGGGCGCGAGUGGCUCAAAUCGCAGACCCCAACGGCGGCGCGAGUUUUGCUCGGGGCUUGCGGUCAUCGCGUUCUUCCAGGAUACCUUCCCGGGGGUGAGGGGGCGGGAGGAGAGGGGGACCAAUCGCGAUUGGACGAGAUGUUCGGGCUCUGCGAUUUUGUAUCACUUGUGUCCGUUGGGUGAAACUUUUCGCUCGGUUCGUUCUGUUGCUUUGCCACGUCGCGGUUAAUGAGAGUGGCCGCAGCGUAUCACGCAGAGCGUUUGCGCGCGGAUGACGUGCAGAUGACGUGCACACUCGCGCACUCACGCACGCGACUACCGCAACAAAAACCCGCGAUCGAACAUCUUCGUCUCCUACGCUGUUGCGCGUCGCGAGCGGUUUUUGAGACUCGGCGACGGUAAGCGAUUAUUUUUCGGAGCUCGGCCCAAGGACUACUCCGGUUGAGAAACAUCUCUUCGCUUUUUAACUCCCCCCCCCCCCCCCCCACCACCACCACCACCUCUUCCACUAUGGAGACAUUCUUCAUCUGUCCUGGGUUGUUUGCUCUGUUGCUCUCUGAGGUCGGACACCCUUGGCUCUGGGAAGCGAGGGGUUUGUGUCGUCUGUGGGCUAAUCGAUUAUUUUUGCUUUGUACAGCUGCUCGGCUGGCUCUGGGUUAGGGAUCGUCAGCGUAAGGCACUACCACUCGGGGUACAAGGCAUGCACGCCCGUCGUAUGCGAACACUCUUCCAUUGUACCCCUGUAUUGCAAUGUAGGGCACGGUAAUUGUGUGAAAUAUAGGUGUGUGGUUUGGCGGUCAUAGAAUGAGGUCACGAGUUCAAAUCCUGGUUGGCGGGGGGGAGGAAUGGAGGUGUGGGGGGGCAAUGGUGGUGGGGGGGGUGGAGGUGGGGGGGGCGGUGGGGGGAGCUCCUGAAGCAGUCCAUUCCUGCAGAAUCGAUACAAUGAGAGCCGCUUUGUGGGGAAAUCGCUAAACGGUUCUCUUCUAUGGAUGGACUCUCCCCUGCCAUAGAAACGUGGAAAUUCCACCCCCAGAUACUCUUUCGAACAGGGAAUCACGCCGACUCUAAACCUGUUGGUAGACCGAUAGCUCGGUGUGUGUGUGUUGUCCAAUCCACGCGUCCCCCCCCCUCUCUCUGGCUCUGUGGUGUCAUUCCCAGCGUGCGUCUCUGUUACAUCACACCACCGCCACCUGCUCACUCGCGUGUGCGUGUGUCUGGGUCGGCUGCUGUGAUGGCUAACGCACUGGAACUUGCAAUCCAGAGGUCGGUCGGUUCGAUUCGAUUAGACCACCUCCUGCCUCCCUUCUCACCCCCCCCCCCUGCCUCCUGCCUCUCCCCCACUCCUCCUCACCCCUCCCCCCUCCCUCCUC